CGUCAGCGGAGUGUCAGCUGACCGGAAGUGCUGCCGCCGCGCGCUGGAGUGUCAGUGGCCGUCCUGCUGAACGCUGAGGGGGAGAAAUGGCUGACACCAUAGCUGACACACGAAGGCUAUUCACCAAGCCUCAGAACCUCAACGACGCGUAUGGACCUCCGAGUAACUUUCUAGAGAUUGACGUGAGCAACCCUGAGACGAUGGGGGUGGGCAGGGGCAGGUUCACCACCUAUGAGAUCAGGCUGAAGACCAACCUGCCCAUCUUCAAGCUGAAGGAGUCUCGCGUGCGCCGACGUUAUAGUGACUUCGAGUGGCUCCGAGCAGAGCUGGAGAGGGAGAGCAAGGUGGUGGUGCCCCCGCUGCCGGGGAAGGCCCUGGCCCGACAGCUGCCGUUCCGGGGGGACGACGGGAUAUUUGAUGACUCUUUCAUCGAGGAGAGGAGACAGGGUCUGGAGCAAUUCCUCAACAAAGUGGCCGGUCAUCCCCUGGCCCAGAACGAACGUUGCCUGCACAUGUUUCUACAGGAUGAAUCUGUGGACAAGAACUACACCCCGUCCAAGAUCCGACCCGCCUAGGAGAGCCACGCCAUGCCUGGAAGUGGCCCCGGGCGUGCACGACAACCCCAAACCAAACGCUCUCGCCCCAGACCACACCUCCUGGACCACAAACAUUUCAACCCCCCACCCCUCCUCUGUCACCUCCUCCCUGUUCGACUCUUAGACAUCCCAAACCUUGUGCUCGUCUGUCCCACUUUGUAACCCCAAUCGUUCGUAAAAAAAGAUGUCUGACAAAUUAUGCCUGCUAGGUGAAAAUGAGAAAACAGUUGUUGAUGUUGUUGUUGUUGUUUCUCCCGCUGAAAUCUAUUUAUCAGUACGGUGCGUCCUUCAUUGUUUUAAUUUUCGUUUCCAUGGCGACAACACAAAGGUCAUCAUCUCUUAUUACAGAAGUACACACACACUAUUUUGAUGGGUCACGCACCACAGCCACGCAUUACCAGGCGUGGCUCAGUUACUGAACUAUUAGUGUCUAAACCAGCACCUUCCUUGUUUCAUGUAGUGGUUUUCUAGCGAGUGAAGAGUAAUAUACUUGGGGGUUGGGGGGGAGGGGGGUGGGAGUGGGACCUGCAGUAUUUCUACGGGCUAUAUGCAUUUUGAGAUUUGUAUACUGCUGUGCCAUUUUCUUUAUUUCGAAAGUUUUUAAAUAAACCGGUCAAAUCCACUGAUGCACAA